AUGGCCAGUAAGGGAAAGGAAAUACAGGCUUUGAAUAUGGUGUACCUACCGUCAGUGUCAUCGCGGUCGUUAUUGUCGACUCAUCAGAGCCCCAUCGCUAUCGAUGAUGUCGAGUCCUCCCCCAGCUCCCUCGUCCCCAUCAAAUCGACUGUUAGCAACUCCCAUACUCCUCAGAGCAUCGAAGCAGCCAUACAAGUUGAGGAGAAUGUGGUUGCGAAGGAGACGAAGGCAAAACCACCCUCGAGCGUCACCGCACCUGGCAAACCCAUGUCUACCACGACUGGCGCCAAACCGAAGUCCACCAGGCCCACUUUCCCUCGCUCCCGCUCGCCUGCUCCUCCAGCUCUUUCUAUCCACCCACCCUUCCAAACAAUUCAUUUAGAUAUACCGCUUGGUGGUCCGGAAGAUUAUGAGGUCGACAUUGCCUCGCUCUCUAAUGUCACAGGCCAGCGCCCACCAACACCUGUAAUUGUUCUCAAGGGAGAUAUCAGUGAUGAUAGCCACAGUGAGGGCGACGAUGAGGGCGAUGGCAAAUCUGAGAAAAGGAAGUGGAGAAAGGUGAAAGUCUUUGCGUAG